UCUGACAACAGUCCCCUUUAAGGUAUAUUAUCUUUGAAUUGCUCAUUUCGAAAUCCGGUAGGAUCACCUGAUGUCAGAGAGGAUUACGUGUUAUAUUUUCAAAACACUGGCCCAUGCUCAUGUCUUGUGCGAGCAGAAGGGGGGAACAUAUUUUUGCCGUGCCAUGCACCCCCGCCAAGAACCCCCCAUGGUGCAUCAUGCAGGCCACCGUAGAGUGGCUGCUAAUUUUUCCACUUCCAGAGGAAGCUAGUCUGGGCAGAGGAACACGGGAUUUCGCAGGCUCAUCCUGGGGUGCGCAAGCGACAGGAGCCAAGCGACCUAAAACGGAGACAAAACUGGAGAAAAGUCAGAGUCAACAGCGUUCCGCUAACAACGAAACUAUGAGUGGGCCAAUACAGGUAUCAGUAAAUGCAUGAUUCUGACCACUAUGUAGAUCCAUUCCAAGGGCGAGAGAUUUGAAACUACCUCACGUCAUGACCAUUACCAGACUAAUCUGCGUGCCAAGACUUACCCGACGCGAGGCAAGCGUCCAAGAGGAAAAACUUUUUACAUAUAGUUUCUAGGCAAAAA